CUUAGACCAAGUCUACGGGACAGCCAUUUUCAUAAACAACAGCAAGACCUCGCUCUUUCAUAAGUUGCAGAAUUUUCGGGGCUGACGACCUGCGGACGAAGGACCUCGACGUGUCAUGGAGAAAGAUAGUUCGUAAUCCCGGGAAUGGGGAUCCGGCCAAGAUCUGGAACUGCGCUAAUCUGAAUUGAUCCUCUUCAGCCAACGGGUCUGGAUCCCAGCGGGCAUUGGAUAGAAGACCCACACCACAUGUUUAUAAGGAAACCACGUUUCCGGAUCGAUCCUCAGCCGCACCUGUCUGAUGCGAGGAAGCUGGAGAUGCGAGGGGAGCGAUGCGAUUUCUGGGGCCCCGAGAUGGUAGACGAGCUCUUCGAUAUUCGGGCAGUGCGACAGCAGUUUGUUCAUCUGACUGGACGAGUAGGCGACGUGAGGCGCAAACGCAAACUCGAGGACCUUCAAGUGUCGGCCCAGGGGAGUUAUAAACGAGACAAGUGCCGGGGAUAUCACACUGUGUAGAACCAGGGUCGUGAUACGAGACGAGAUGUAUGCGCUAGACACAGCUGGACUCGUAGCCAGUUCAGACUGGUGCAACACCAACGUCUGCAGCGCUGGCGCUAGAGAAAUUUCGGCCAGGACAUCUGGUCUGUCUGACGUCAAAGCCAGAUAACGCAUAUUUGGAGCAGCUUUCAGGAUCCCGGAUAGCCGACUUGGAAUGUCGCUCCUGUUGCUGUCUGUUUCACUGGGGGCUCUGGUCAGGAGGAAGCCUCGUCCAUUAGUGGAAAAUCAUACGUCCACUCCAGUCUCUUCAAGAAGGGCAAUGAGCAGCUGAUUCGGUCCCAUCUUUCUGGGCAGGGUCGAACGAGAAUUUCCAGACGGGGGCAAAGCUGAAGUAUUUCUGACAAGGGAAGACAACUCGGAGAUCCGGACGAGGUGGUGUGGAAUUCGAGGCGUCGCACGUAGCGACCGAAACAUUCGCCCUCGCCGUCUAUUCGUCGAAGACCGUGAAACAGAUCUGGGAGAUGACGGCAGCUCUGAAGCCGAAUAUCGUGAUAAAACAAUCCCGCGGCCAGAAUUUGCCAGCUCUUGCACACAGUGACCAAGAGUACGCAAGUUUUCAGCCGCUGGGCGUAGUGUUCCUGCGAGAGAUUGUAGUGUUCAGAUGUGUCGGCUUCCAAGAUCGUACCUCGGAGCAGGCGGCUAGCUCUUGGACGCCCUGGAAUGGGCAAUAUUCGGUUGUGUAGCAGAUACUUCCGGAAAUCUCCACAGUGAAACCGAAGAUAAUUCGCCAUAUUUCCGGAGGGAGAGGGAGAGAGAGCAUCUCGGCACGGCAUCCGGAAUCCAGACGAUGCACUUAUAGCUUCCCGGGGCGCUUACAAGCGAUUGAAGGUUUCCGAGUACACCUGUAUAAUGACUGAACAGGUGCUUGCAUCAGCCUCGCCCCUUCUCUUCUUCAAAAGCAUGCCGCGAAGAUGGCAGCUGGGCAAAGAUCGGCGGCAGCAGCAGGCCGACCAUUGUGCUGCACCGCACUGAGGUAAGGUCGGGUGUGGCACAGUGCAAAGGCGCCUCAGUCUUCAACCACAAUUGAAUUGCUUGUGUGAAUUAGACCAGUUAAGUUAGCUGCGUAUUUAGAGCGAGAGCGACGGUUGACGGGAUCCACAUGCACAUUUUGAUGUGGUACGCACUUUGAUUCCAUGAGUCCCAUGUCGCAGAGAAUUUGACAGGACGUGUAUCGCAAUAGCCCGAUUGGAAUGAGUACCUGAAGGACAUGGUCGAUGCUUAUCACGCGGAUCUUUAGAGCGAUGCAAAAACAUGGCACACCAAGGCCUCAUUAGUACUAGUAGCGGACAACCUCGACCCGGUUGAUCCGGCUGCAUAGCAGCUCAGCACAGCAAAGUGAUGACCAAACGGAACACGACAAAAUUUUUGCAAUCGUCAUCUCUUGCAUCUCUCCACAGGCAUCGCCAGGUCGUAUCGACAGAACGAUUCAGCGGAGCCACAAGCUCGCCCAAUAUUCCUGAUCAAGCAAGAAACAGGGACCUUCGUCUCUUGACCCUUGAGUGGUCGUCCGUCCGUGGUGAACCCCCUUGACACGACUCCCGCGUCGUCGUUUUUAUAUAUCACUUAUCUACUCCCGGACGCGUUCCUUGUUCGCUCCUACUUUCUCCGCCCCAAACCCACCAGGCCUCCAAGCCUACCAGCCCCAUCCUUGCCCCAUCCGGCGAGGACCCUCACCGACUGACAAGCGCUCUCGUUACCGUCCUUCCGCCCGGAACUGCCGUCCGUGGCGGUUAAAGGCUCGGUAAUCAGAGUCACCGAUUCAAAACCACCCAUAGAUCUGUCGGAUCCCAUUAGAAAAGCCGCUGCUUUUUUAGCAAAGCUAAUACCCUCUGAAUCUUCCUCCACACACGCGACUGCAACGACAACUACUACUUCCACAACCACUCCAACAACGACGACGACAACCAUCAUGUCCUUCGUCGAAACGCUCCAGGCGCCCGCCGCCAUUGAAUUCCAGACUACGUGGCGCUCAACCGAUCUCUCGUCGACCGCGACUCUCAAUCUCACAGGCACUUCCUCCCAUCUGGAUAUCGAUAACGAUACCCCUGCCGAUGUUGAUAACCACACCAUCUUUCCCGAUCUAGCGCCGCUCCAUCAAGGACACCCGGAAGUGCACUUGCGCAAUGGUGUGAUGGAAGCUGCACGGUUGGCAGUAGAACAUGAGACGGACGCGGAGGGCGCCUUCUUCGUGGCUGAUCUGAGCCAAGUUUACCGGCAGCAUAUACGCUGGCAGGCUGCGCUGCCGGAAAUUCAGCCUUAUUACGCGGUCAAAUGUAACCCGGACCCUUAUGUCCUGCGUCUGCUCGCUGGCUUGGGUGCAGGUUUCGACUGUGCAUCGAACGGGGAGAUCUCGCAAGUCCUGUCUUUGGGAGGCGCGGCGGUUGAUCCCUCCCGCAUUAUAUUCGCCAAUCCGUGCAAGGCGGUGUCUUUCAUCCGCAGCGCCGCGAAGGCCGGCGUGAACAUGAUGACCUUCGACAACGCGGACGAGCUGUACAAGGUCGCUCGCGCGCACCCGAGUGCUCAGUUGGUCGUUCGGAUCUUGACCGACGAUACGAGCAGCCUGUGCAAGCUGGGCACCAAAUUCGGUGCCUCGCUGGCCAAUGUCCCCGGCUUGCUCGCAAAAGCUAAAGAGCUCGGGCUUAAUGUGGUCGGAGUAAGCUUCCAUGUUGGAAGCGGAUGUUCCGAUCCUCGGGCGUACUCGGAUGCGAUCUCGCGUGCCCGGGCUGCCUUUGACAUGGGUGCUGCCGUCGGAUACAACUUUUCUCUCCUGGACGUCGGCGGAGGCUUUGAGGACGGACUCUUCGAGGACGCUGCUCGGUGUCUGAUGGAAGGGAUCAAUGUGUACUUCCCCGACCGACAGGGGAAACUCAAGAUCAUUGCCGAGCCAGGGAGAUUCUAUGUCUCUCAAGCCUUCCGGCUUGCUACGAACAUCAUUGCCCGGCGAGCACCGUUGGUGCCCGAUGAGGCCGAGGUUGAUGCCGAGCGCCCCAGUGUGAUGUAUUACAUCAACGACGGUGUCUACGGUGCUUUCAACUGUCUUCUAUUUGAUCACCAAAUCGCCCAUCCCUACGUCCUCUGCAUGGACGGCUCGUUCCACGUGCCGGACACCGAGCCGCUGGUCACUUGCAGCGUCUGGGGACCGACAUGUGACUCCAUCGACUGUGUCGCUCAGACGACCCGACUCCCUGGAGCUCUCCGCGUUGGCGACUGGCUGGCCUUUGACAACAUGGGCGCGUAUACUGUUUGCGCUGCCAGCCAAUUCAAUGGCUUUGCCGUGAGCAAGGUUGUCUAUACGACCGGCGGUACCGGUGCCACACAAGUUCGCCGGGUUCUUGCCAAGUUCGCUUCUGCCGAGUGAAGCUGUAGUCGAGUACUUACAAAACAACAAAAUGGACACAUUUUGCAACCGUACACCCCGUUGC